GCCUAUAGGUAAAUAUCCCUCUACUGCCCCUUUAGAAUACCUGACGAUGGCAAGUCCCUGAUAUCUAACUUUUCCUAUGUCGAAUAUCCCCUCAGUCGCUGUUUUCAUCUAAAGAUUUACUUGACAUGUAUUAUCUCUCAUUCUGUAUGCAAGUACUAUCUUCUUCCGGACUCAUUGAGAAUAACAUCUGCAAGACUCUCUGGAUAUGGCACUGAGGACCAUCCUGUCUGCUAUUGCCGUCUUUGGAGCAGUCGCUGAUGCUAUACCGUCAAUUGCAUACCCGAUCAAUGCCCAAUUUCCUCCUAUCGCGCGUGUAUCAUUACCAUACUCAUAUACAUUUCCUCAAUCAACAUUUAGUUCAACAUCCCCUCUCAGAUACAGCUUGUCCGGCUCACCUCAGUGGCUCUCCGUCGACAGCACUUCUCGCACAUUAUCAGGCAUACCAUCCAGUAGUGAUGUUAGGACUGGAACGGUGACAGAGAUCACUUUUGGGGUGAUCGCAAGCGACUCGUCGGGAUCUAUCACCUCAAAUACUACUCUAGUUGUUUCGAAGAACUCACCACCGUCGAUUAAGAUACCAGCGCAAUUACAACUCGCUUCACAGGGACCAUUCUCAGCACCUUCUACGCUGUUAUACCACCCUUCAUCACCCUUCGAGAUCAGCUUCGACCCGGCAACAUUCUCGAGUAGUGGCGGAACAAAUCUUAAAUACUAUGCAUUGUCAGCCGACGACACCCCUCUGCCUUCCUGGGUUCUUUUUGAUGAUCGUACACUUACUUUCAGUGGUGAAACCCCGGAGUAUGCUUCUCUCAUACAACCACCCCAAACUUUCGGUAUUCAGCUUAUUGCUUCGGACGUAGCUGGAUACUCUGGAGCAUCUAUUCCCUUCAACAUCAGGGUUGGGGUACACCUCCUGGCAUUUAGUACAGUAAACUCUGUUGUCAACGCAACACCAGGGGUAGAGGUUAAUUACACAAGUUUAGAGAAUAGCCUUCAGCUUGAUGGACAGCCUGCCAAUGAUUCAAGCAUAGUCUCUGUUACAGCUCAAACACCGGAGUGGCUUACCUUUGAUGAUAAUACUCUCAGCCUGACAGGCACACCGCCAUCUGACGCCAUUUCGUACAACGUCUCUGUACAAGCAGUGGAUAUAUACGGGGAUAAUGUCAAUACUGUGGUCUUCAUCAAAAUAGCUACCGCAUUAUUUGUUGGUCCGAUCAAAGAUGUGAAUGCAACCAUUGGUUCUAAGUUCUCCUUCAGCCUUGGUGCCUACAUCGAAAAUACUUACGAUACUACAUUGACGGCCCAAGUAUCUCCACCAACAGAUUGGAUAUAUUUUGAUGCUCAUGGCUUUGUGAUAUCCGGGAAGGUGCCUACGUCUGCCAAGCCUUCUAAUAUCAAUAUUACGCUCACAGCAACCUCUAAAGCAUCGAAGCGCAGCAGCUCUGAGUCUUUCAACUUAGCCAUUCAGGCUUUAGAUGGGGGCUCACCUACCGGCUCAGAUUCCACUCCAUCAUCAUUGUCGGGUGCCUCUGCAGCGUCUGGCAGCAACCACUCCGCAAGCAAAGAUUUGAGCAAAGGAGAGAUAGCGGCAAUUGUGGUCCCGAUACUAAUCGUCUUUAUAGCACUCAUUCUCUGUCUGUUUUAUUAUCGAAAACGGCGUUCUUGUUCCUCGAUACGUUCGGGAGGACCUUCCAAAGAAGAUAUAUCAGGUCCUUUGAAAAGCACGUCUAGCAUAGAACGCGCAUUAUCUGCUAAGAAGAUCGCACCACUUCAACUCGAUACCUCCGGUUUUUCUAUUGAUGCUAGUUCUAGUGUUUAUACGUCGACCACGCCCAAUUUUGUGGUUCAUGAUAACCGGAAAUCACUCCGGCGUUCUCAGACCCUGGUCCCAAAGUCUCAAGUCCGCGAAUCUCAAGGCUCGGGAAAUCGGGCAAGGGCGUACUCGGAAAAUGCUUUGAUUAAGACCCCCAAUGGAAGUACGUGGAGAAAUACUCAGGAUACUGGUUAUACUUUUGACUCGUCAGGAACGAAUAGCAGUAACAUGCUUCGGCGAAAUUAUUCAAAUUAUUCAAGGAAGGGACAUACGAGACGAUCGCAAUAUGUUGUAAGCAAUGAUCCAAGGCUGAGGGACAGUGAAAUGAGUCAACUUGGUAAUCAAAGCCUUCUUGGCACCAACGCUUCAGACGGUACAAUAUUGAACCUGUCGGACAGCAAUUUCUCCUCAUCUCCCUUGGAUAAUUUCUCUGUGCUUUCAGGAGACUGGAGUAAAGCUGCACGGGCACCUCUUGCGCCACGACAAAACAAGCAAGGUCGGAAUACCGAUAGAAGACGUGCCCAUCGAAAAUCAACAACUAGGAACCUCAACUUUGCAAUGGCAGACAGUUUAGAUAAGAGAAUAAGUGGACUAGGUCAUGGGGCUCGAGAAUCAAUAUCCUCAUUUGAUAAUGUUCCAGGAAAUAGGGGAAGUAUAGGACAUGGUCAACACCCAAGUCUUGUGCGUAAUUCUCGCACUUGGAGAACGGUCAACACGAUUGAUGCGGACGCUGAUAAACAUCGAAGUGCGACGAGUGUAUAUUCAACCGCCUCUACCGAUCUACUGAACUUUGGACACGCAACUGUUUCACCAACUGGAGGCAAGGAAAUGAAAAGUAUCAAAACAGUACCUAAAAGUCCUCGACCACCAGCACCAAUCUGGGAACAGGAGACGGGAGGAACUAGUAGGAUGUCAUACAACAGCAUUAACGCUCGACCCGUCUCCCGGCGCGGUGGCGUUUCUCCAUUUUUCGGCGGUGGCGGAAUGGCGUCAGUCCGUCGAAAAGCAAGAAGAAGUUAUGCGGAUUCUCCCACUGUUCCUGAAGAAGUACAUAUAGGCAAUGAAGUCGAAGCUGCCGGGACAGGGAUCAAUAAUGAUACAUUGGGAAUAACAUAUCCUAAUGGAUAUUCCAGCGCCAAAGAAGGAACGCGUCAAUUACGUUCUUAUAUUCAAGCUACGUUUAGCAAAUCGAGACUUAAGGGGAGUGAUAGUUUGGUGAGUAUGGAUAGUCGUUUUGAGAGUGUUUCGAAUAGUAUGCAGGAAUUGCAGAUUAAAGGUGAUGCGAAAAGUCAGGGGGAUAUAUCGCAGAGUCAAGGUCGGCAUGCACAACUUCUUGAGGCGGAUAGAAGAGAACAGGAAAGAGGAACGGAAAGAGGGGUAGGACAAGCAAACACAGAAACGGAGACAGGAAGUGAUGUCUUUCCGAGUGAAUUCAGCGCAGGUAGUUGGGAAAGUCUCGGAGAAAGCACGGAUGUGGAUUCGCAGCCGAAUUUCAUUAGGCAUGGAGCUGGGGGGACAGUUCCACAGAUACCCCAACUCCCUGCUCUAGGUUUAGGCAGUAGUGGAACUGGUACUGAUAGUGGUAUUGGAGCAAGAGGGAGAAGUAAUACACUCGCCAUUCCCUCCUUCUCUCCUUUCCUCCCGAAUCCUUUUACUCCUGACCUAGGCGCAUCCGAAACGCAAAGCGGGUAUCAAAAUCCCUCUCCCCGGCGCUCCACAGAAACGGACCUCAAACAGAAUACCCAACGAGACAAAAACGAAAGGGAUAGAGAAGCGCGAGAGGAAAGUCCGACAAUAGGGAAUCUAAUGGUAGGCCCCAAUGCACGAAUGGUGAUGGGAGCAGGAAGGAGACCAGUUAGUGUGGAUGCGAGGGAGAAUAAGAGGAUUAGUAGUACAAAGGCGAAGAUUGGACGGCAUGGGGAAGGUGGGGAGAGUGUGGUUACUCUUGGUAGUUUGAAAGGGAGUCUUGGGGGAAGUGUCGGGGUGGGGAGUCCGCCUCAGCAGGGGAAAGGGGGAGGGAAUGGAAUGGGAAUGGGAAAAGUUAUGGAGGGCGAGGGAUUUUAGCGCGUAUAUUUAAGAAUUCAGGACGGCGCAUCGAAAAUGGGAAAUGGGAGGUUGGAUAUUGUGUUCUGGUUUGCGUUGGCUAAAUAACAUGUAUCGUGUUAAGGAGUUUGCACAUGAUGACUUGGGUAAUAAUGAGAACAUCAAAAUUUAGUUAUUUGGAAGUUGAGGGAAUGAAAUAGUGAAUUAGGAAGUCAA